AUAUGAGAAUAUUGGUCUAUUGUAUGAUGUAUUAUAUUCAUGGAGUACUGAUGACAAAUUAUUGAUCUCUAAAAUAUAAGAUAAGUUUAUUCCAUAAGAUGCGUUAUAUACAUGAUUCAGUUUUUCCGCAGACUGUUCUACGCAUCAGAAGAUGGGCCAACCCAUGUAAAAACUAUUUGCAUCGGUCCUUCGAGAAUGACGUGAACGUCUGGAUGGUCAUUGGCAGACUAAACGUGAUGAAGAUACUGAUUCUGCUUACUGAGAAUUAGCCAUUCAUACAAUAUUCAAGAUCCUCUGAAGGCUUGACUAUAUAACACCCUUUUUGCGGAUCUUGUGAUCAGUCUUCUUGCCUAUCUCGGGCGAAAUAAAUCAUAUUACAAACGUACGAAAUUUCUUAGACGUGUCAAAUUAAUAUUUCUACUACUUAUAAGCUUCAAAUUUUUAAUCAUCACGUAAACCAAAAUAGGUAUAAAAAUUGUCAAAAAUGUUUCGUGUCAAGUUCGUCGUAAUAUUUAUAGCAUUAACAGUCGGUAUCAUAGCGUUUCCGCAACAAACAUCAAAAUCCAAGAGGCCAACAUCAAUUUUCAAAAAUAAAUUGUUCAAUUUGGAACUUCCGGACAAUGCUACCACUAUUCGAGAAAAUAUUAUCGACACAUUUUCCUGUAAAGAUCGAAUUUACGGUUAUUAUGCGGAUAUAGAGAACGAGUGUCAAAUAUUUCACGUGUGUCUACCACAUGGAAAAAGCUCAACCAGAUGGAGUUUUAUCUGUCCCGCCGAAACCAGAUUUAAUCAGGCAACGUUCGUCUGUACUCUCACUGAAAAUUCAAUACCUUGUGAACAAUCUGAGCAAUAUUACACAUUAAACGAAGAAAUUGGUAAAAUCGAGAAUAAAGAGCAUACGAAUAACACAUAUGUACCGGAGUGGGAAACAGAAACGAAUACGACAAAGCCAUUUAUAAAAAUCGCUCAAGACUCCCGACGAAAGAAAAUUCAACCUUGAAUAUUAAUUCCAAAAUACAUGAACAUAAAUUAAUCGCUUAUUCAUUACUAAAUUCUAUUGUAAUAAAAUAGACAAAAGGACAAAGAAAAAUUAUUAAAAAGUUGGUUAAGAUUAGCGAAAUAAGUUAUUUAUGUUUCGUUUGAAAUAUAAAGCUACAUUAUAAGAGUGCAAUCAUUAAUAGAACUUGUUCAUUUGAUGAAUGACCAUUAAAUACGGCAAUGUUAAUCCUGUAGCAAGUGCCAGGGUGAA